UUCUACAACUUUUGAACUGUUUAGGAGUGGCAGAUUAUCUUGAGGUCAUCUCUUUCCUCUCUCUAUCCUCUCCUUCUUUGACCUCUACCAUACAAAAUAAUAUGGGGAAAUCCAGCUUCAGCAGAUAAGUAGCUUCUACUUGCUCCCAUACAAUGAUGUUGCACUGGGCAGUUGUUAAUCAAAUGUCGAGUGGUCCUUGCUUGUCAUCAUAUGAUUAUGUGUAUGGGCAGGAGUUUUAAUCAAGAAAGCAACGCUGUGAUAAAGAUUAGUGCAAUUGGGUCGUGCAGAGGUGGAACAUACAAGUUGACAACCAUUAGAUUAAUUGGUAUAUAUUGUGUGCUCAUUCAGUUUGCAAGCUCUUCUUGAGUUGAGGUGAGUGCAUUACUUGAUGUUGGUGAUGCCUCGGCAGUGUAUCAAAUUUUCAUAUGCUGUGAUAAAGUUCAGCUAGUGGAUGACUGUGACUGUGAUAAUCUUACAUUUGUUAUAGCUGAAGUGGAUGCGAAAAGGAAAGCGUAGAAAAUGAAUCGUCGGGCCACCCUCCAAGUGGAGAGUAUAAACAUGCCUCAACGGUCAAGUUUGUUUGAUCUGACGGCGCGGCGCCCCAACGAGAUGGGAACGAGUUAUUUGGCCUUGGGAUGCGCUCCAAGUGACCAUGAGAUUGAAGAAUACAACGUGAAACAUACUGUGGAAUAUGAGAACACUUACCGUAUGGAACCAAAGAAGAGAUUUGUUGCAGAAAGGGUAGAACCAAUCAUGAAUGAUGUUCUAGAGAAGCAUCUGGAGAAAGUCAGCUAUGAGCCUAUCCAAUGCAGCAUUUUAGCCAAGACCAUUGUAUCAGAGAUCAAACUCCAAGUCAAAGAACUUGACUUUGAAAGAUACAAGAUUAUCUGCUUGGUUGACAUUGGUGAGAAGCGAGACCAGGACAUCCACAUGGGAAGCCGUUGCCUCUGGGAUCAUCAGCGGGAUACCUUCGCUUCAGCUACCUACGAGAACCAUUCCCUCUUCGCUGCAGCUAUUGUCUUUGCCAUCUAUUUCGAAUAAACUAUCCUAUACAGCUGCCAAUUAGCAUAGCAGCGCCACACAGGAAACCGCUGGACAGGGAGGUAACGCGGGGUUAAUUAAGUGCAGAUACUCUGUUGAUUGGGAUAGCCAGGCAACCUCCCGCUAAUGAUGUUUUGAUUAGAUCUCCAGUGUAUUUAAGCAUUCCACUCAGUGCCUUGAUACUUGAAAGCUUCAAUAGAUGAUAUUCAUGUUGUUUAUGAUCUGAAGAAAAGGGGGUUGGCAGCAUUAGUUUGCAUAAUGUGUAUGGGACAGUGCACCUAAUUACUAUGUUUAUCUCUGCCCCCCCCCUGUAAGUCUUUCUCUCUCCCACUCCUACUGCAUUUCUUCCUCUCUCUCUUUCUCUCUACAACUCUCCUCUCACCUUGUAUCCUUUCUCCUUCUCUCACCUACUCUCUCUGUAUUCCAUAUUUCCAUAUCUCUUUCUUUUUCAGUUUCUGAUAUUUAUUUUUAAAUCUCCAUCUGGAAAAUUUACCAGAGUCCCAUAUCACAAAGUUUAGUUAUUAAUCAUACACCUGAUAUUCACGAUAGAUUGUACAUUGUAGUCAAUGCAAUCAAUCAUAGGAAAGUGUUCUACGAUCAUUGCUAUUGCUUUGUUACGGCUUCUUAUGUUUUUCCUCAUGAGCCAAAGGUUAUUUCAUAGCUUAUUUAAAGCUAGCAUUAAAGAUCAACUACAACCACUAUGAACUUGUAUUAAAAUCCUUCUCAAACUAUAUACUUCAUUUAAAAGUGGGUAGUACUUGAAUGAUAUCAUAGUUGAUUCCAUUUUUUACAUCAUAUUCUUUAUCUUAAAGACUGUUAAUUGUUGUAUUCAUGUUUUUUUUUCUCUAGAUAGGGUUUUUCUUUUCUUUUUAUUGAAACUUGUUUUGUUUCCUUAAUACCUUAUCAUUUUUGUGAAUUUUAAUGGAACUUAUUAUUUUUGAAAGUUUUUUUUUGGAAAUUAGUAAAAAAAAAUUAUAAAUGGUACUAUUCCUCAAGUUUUAAACAUUUUACAAAUAAGUCUAAGUUAAAUUUCUUGUGGACUUUAUGAUUACAUGUCACCUUUAUUUAGAUAUUUCUAAACUAUUCUUGCCAGUCAAAUAUUCUUCUAAUUACAGGAAACGUAAUACAAAAGGUUUUUUUUUUCCUUUCAAAUAUUUAGCAAUUAGAAAGAUGCAAUAGUGUUGGUAGUAGAAUAGGAAACAUAAUACUCAAGUUUGGUUCUGUAUGACUUUAUUCUAUAAUGUAAGAUAAAGAUGCAAUAGUGUGCUAAUACUAACAUUUUUCUUCAUCCAGUGGGUCAUUAUUCACCAAGUGUAUUGUUUGUAUUGUAUUUCUAUUUUUUCCACUAUUUUUUAUGUCGUCAGGUGAAGUUGAUAUAUUAUUUUUGUAAAA